ACAAAAAAAAACCCUAGUUCUGAAGCUACCCACCCCACUCCCAUCUCUCUCUCUCACUCACUUACUCACUCUCAGCUCACCUAGAUUCACCGCCACCGCACGCUCGCCGCCGUCGCCGUGCCUCUCGCCGCCGUCGCCGUGCCUCUCGCCGUAUCCUCUGCCUCGUGUGCUUGCGUCUCAUCUCCCUCCUCCGCUAGUGAGUGCUCGAGCUGUGCGUGGUUGUUGCUGCCUGCACUGCAGCGUGGGUGGUUGUCUCUGCUCGAUUCUGCCAGGUCUCAACUUUUGCUCCAGGAAUUUUCAGUUUUAAUGGAUAUAAUUUCUCAAUUACAAGAACAAGUUAAUUUGAUUGCACAUCUUGCUUUCAAUACCAUUGGGACCUUGCAAAGGGAUGCUCCUCCUAAUCGGCUCUCACCACAUUAUCCUGAACCACCUCCUCAUCCUACGGAGGAUGGCUCAAACUUUUCUGAACAGCCCAAGCUGAUGAGUGCUGGUUUGGUGAAGGCUGCUAAACAGUUUGAUGCAUUAGUUGCGGCACUUCCAAUAUCCGAGGGAGGUGAAGAAGCGCAGAUUAAAAGGAUUGCUGACCUACAGGCUGAGAAUGAUGCUAUAGGCCAAGAACUACAAAAGCAACUCGAAGCUGCAGAGAAGGAAUUAAAUCAAGUUCAGGAUUUGUUUAAACGAGCGUCAGAUAACUGUUUGAAUUUAAAGAAACCUGAAUGAAGAAACUGGAAUGAUUCUAUUGACGGGAGAUUGGCACUUUGGUAGCCACAACUUUAUCUCCAGUUUGACAUGAAUCAUAGUCUGCAGUAUAACCUUUUAGAAGCCUUUGUUAAGUUAUUAGAUUCUUCAUGUCGACGAGGCUGUUGUAGUCACUCUAUCAAAUUGACAUUGAAUUAUGCUGUGUUAGAAGUUGGUAAUGUUAAUAUUAUUAUAGGGAUUUGUUAUGAGACGUGUUACAAAAUUA